AUGAAUAUCAAUCUGGAAAGUAAAACAUUUACGUUUCAUAUUCAUCUGCCGGAAGGGAUAGAAAAAAUUGGACAACCAAUAAUUCUUGGUAAUGUAGAAGAAUUAGGAUUUUGGGAAACCCCUAUUGUAAAAUUACUUCAACCAUUUCCUAAAAAUCCGACUCAUUGGCAAUCGGAACCAAUAACUAUUUCCGUAUCAAACACUGAAAGAAAUCGGAUUCAAUAUAGAUUUGCUAUUCAUGUACAAAGUCCUGCGCUUUAUGGAAAUGAAGAAAAAAAUAUAUUCGAAGGUGAUGGUGAUAAAGAUAAUCGUAUAUUAGAUACUGAGAGAGAGAACCAAUAUGCCAUUUGGAAAAAUAAUUCUAAUUUAAGUCAAAGAUUAAAUCUUGCUCAAGUUAAAGACUGUGCUUUUGUAGAUUAUAUCUUUAACUCUAUCAGAGCUUACAACCUUAAAGAUAAGAUUAUGGAAUAUCGACAUUUAUUAAAUCUUUAUGAUGAUGUCACAAUUCGUGCAUCAAACCUUGAAUACAUUAUUAAUAAUACCGACAAUAAAUUAAAAGAAAAGCGAAUUUUCUUAUGUCUUCUUUUAGGGUAUUAUAUUUUAAGACGAAAUUUAAAUUAUGAGCUACCGACUUCUUUCUCUUCUGAAUUAUUGCUCGAUGCACUUGAUAAUUACGAUCUAGAAACUUUUCCUUCAAAUAUCAAAGUUCCAAUUCAUACCGCUAUCACAACUUUAGUCCAACAUAAUGCCUCUCGAUAUUAUUUUCAUUGGGUUAAAAUUUUUACGAUUGCGACGAAAGUUGAUCCUAAAUAUAGUUUCAUUUAUCAUUUAAAUACUUUAAAGUAUCCCAGUGAUGAUUUGCUAGAAAAAUUUAUUAAGGAAGUAGAAAUUAUUGGUCCUUAUAUUAAGGAUGUUGAAUUCGAAAUAUAUAUUAAUAUUGCAAAGUGGUUAAUUCAAUUAUGUCAUAAUAAUGACUCCCUUCUCAAACUAUGGAAUGAUAUCCUUUUGCAUAAUGAUGAAAUUGAUAAAAACAUUGUCAAAUUUUUCAUUAAUCAAUUUCAAAAGAAUAUUUCUAAAGAUGAUGUUGUUGCUUUAGAAACCCAUUUUAAAAAAAUAAAAAUUCCAAAAAAUUAUCAGGAUAAUGUUGCUGAAAUUUUCCGAAAUCAUAUUUUAUUUUUACUUGAAGAUCCAAUUCGUAAAUGGGAAGAUCAAGACAUUUUUGCUAUACGAAACAUUCUUCAAGAUGAUAGCUUAAACUGGUCAAGUGACGAUGCCAUACUUUCAUUAGAGUUUAUAUCACGAUCUUGUAAUUUGAAAUUGUUAGAUAUAUUCCCUGAACUUUUGGAUAAUUUCUUUCGAAAUAAUUUUUCUGAUACUAAAAAGAAAAGAUUACCAAGCAUUUGUACAAAUUGGUUUACACUUCUUUUGCUUAUACUAAAUGUUUCAAACGAAUGCAACUUUAUCUCCCUGAUAUUUUACCAAUUAGAACGUAUGCAUCCUUUACUUAGCCAUCGAAAAAACAUUUGGCAAAAUUUUACAACUAUCGCUAUAGAGAACUUAAAGGCAUGUCCUGAAUCUCAAAUAAUUAAUGCCAUAAAAUUAGUAGACAAGAUAAAGGAAAAAGAAAUUAAAGAAUUAUUUUCUGAUAUAAUUAAAGAAAUGAUUUUUAAAACAAUUCCAAUUCAACAAAUCGAUGACCGGCUGAUCGAUAAAAUUUUCAUGAUUUGCGGUUGUGAAAGCAACAAAUUGUUAGAAGUCCCAAACACUAUGAUUGAGGAUACUUUAUGCUAUAUUUUGGAUGGAUUGCAAAGAAAAUCGAAUUUAUCUGAUACUUCGGAACAAUAUUUAGAUAUUAUAAAAUUUGGUAAAUUCUGGAUUCUUAUAUUAAACGCCACCGGAAGUGUUGAAAAACUUAAUGAAAAUUCAUAUUUUAAACAUAUUCAAAUGUCUACCGUUAAAAUUAAUAGAUUACUUAUAGAAAAAUCAAUAAAUAUACAAUUGCUUCAACAACUUUUAAAAUAUUCUGAUGAACAACUAUUUCGGUAUCUUGAUGAAACUAUUGGCAAAAAGAAAUCUUUAGGCGAAGUAAUUGUUACUCAAGGUGAAAUCACAAAUCUUAGAAAAUUAUGUCACAAUUAUGAACUUAAACUUAAUCAACUCCUUAAGUUUUACAAUGAACUUUGCUCAGCUUCUAAAAUUACGGAUGUAAAUGAUUUUACUCAGGAUUUAAAAAAACGAAUGCAUAAUUUAGAUAACGUUAUUUUAAAUCAAACUAUGUUAUCAGAUCAUUGGUUAUUUCAUGAGAAAGUGUUGAAUAGCGCAAUACUUUACUACAAAUUUAAUCAAUCUCAAAUUUUUCGAAAUAUUAUUGAAGUCUAUUUCAAAGAGGAUGAUAAUGCAACAAAUGUAGAAUAUAUAGCACAAAAAUUAAUGCCAAGUGUUUUUGAAAAAUAUGAUUCUAUUUGUAAACAAUUUAAGGAAUGGGGAAAGCUCAAACGUUCAGAUGUAUCCUUACUUUUAAGAAAUAUUACAAACGUUAAUGUGGAACUUGACUUUAUGGAAGGUUAUAUGUCCUCUAAAAAUAGGUUUAUACAAGCUCUUGAUAAUAUUUCGAAGAUUCCGCAAUGGAUUGAAAGAUUUGAGAAUUUGAAAAACGUUGCAAAAAUUUUCAAAGUACCAAUUAAUGAAGAUGAUUGGCUGUCAAAAUCAAUUCGUAUUUUAAAGAAUAAUUCCAGGAUACUUCGUGUAUUAAAUGAUUUUUUUGAUUACUUUGGUAAAAAUCACUCUAUUAAUCAAGAUUGUUGGGACUUGAUAAAAGCAUUAUCAGUUGCGGAAGAAUUAAUGAUUUCCCUACAAAUAAUCGAUAGAUUUGGUAUCAAAUAUUUGAUCAAUUAUACUGAUUUGAGCGAAAAGUUAAUUCAAGAGGGUCAAGAGGAUACAAUUUCAUCGCUUAUCCAAGUCAAACAUUUAUUAUUUCCACUUAUGAAUAAAGAUAAGAUAGAAAAUGUAGAUGAGCUCUUGAAAGGAUUAUGGCUUGUUAUUGAAAAGGACUCUACUAUAGUAAAAAAGAUAACAUUAUGUAAUAACAUACGAGUAAUGUACGAUUACACUUUAAAUCGUGACGAAGUCACUAAGGAAAGAAUUAAGAAUAUUGUACUUAAUGGAACAUACGUUUUUGCAUGUGACGAAAAAAAAGACAAAUGUUUAGUUUCGUUAAGAUGUUUCCCUAACAACUUAGUAUAUAAUUUAAAUGAAAUUUUGGAUUUAUAUGAACGAGCUUUUUUAAUGGAAAAAUCAAAAAAAACAGUUGAUAAAAGUAUAGAUGAUAUCUUAAAUGAUUAUGAUACCGUUAUGGAUGAAUUUAUUCUUCAAGUUGAUGUUGUACAGAAAAUAAUUAACAUAGCGUCCAUGUUAAUGGAACUUGGACAUUUUGGUUAUAGAAAGUUUGAAAAGAAAAUACAAAAAACAAGUGAUAUGGAAGAUUAUCUUAUAUUUUUAAAUAAUGAACUUGAAAAAUGGAAGGAUAUAAUUGAUCGUGCGCGAGAGAAAUGUUAUUAUUUAACGUUUUUCUCUAUUCACCGUAUCUUAGCAUUUUAUGAUUAUUUCACGUCGAAAAUUUUGGAUAAGAAAAAUGAAGAAGAGUGCAAUACAUUGAUUAAAUUUGUAAACGGUAAAGCUCAGCUGUCAUCUCGUAAGGAUGUUCAGGAACUUUUAUGUGGGACUAAAGAUAAUUAUGAAAUUCUUUGCGUAAUCGGCGAUGAAUUAAAAAGAAUUUUUGAAAGUAUUCCGAGACAAUCACGUAAAAUUAAUGCUGUUGGGCAACGCGUAAUGUCAGAUAUUGUUACAAAAGGCAAAUUGUUUGUCGCUGCUUGUACAGAUGAUACACGAAUUCCUAACGUGAUUAUGUCACUAUAUGCUAAUCAUGGAUAUUAUCCAGAACCAUGGCAACUCUUAAAAUGUACUACUUCUACCACGAUGGAAGAGCUCAUAAUUUUUAUCAAAAGGAGUUUUUUUGCGUCAAAUAAUGGUUACGAAAAUCACCUAUUCUGUAUUGCAAAUUUAGAGUUAUUGGACUUUGAAUUGCAAUAUAAUUUAGCUAACCAAAUUAGAUUGUUGCGAGAUCAAAAGAACGAUUUUCUUCUGGCGAUUAUUUGUUGCAGAGAAAACGGAAUGCAUCACCAUAUUUUAGAUCAAUUCUCCUCAGAUGUCCAUGCAACUAAUGGCUUAAUCAAUGAUGCUAUGAGAGGAAUUUAUAAGGAAUUGUGUAAAAAUGUUAUACGUAUUUCUUCCGACUUAUCGGGACAGGGCAAAACUGAAUGGAUUAAAGAGGAUAGUUUCAAUAAAAAGAGAUUCCCACGCAGCUUUUUAAUAAGCGAUGGUAUGGAGUUAGGCAGGCUUGUACGUCAAUUCAAGGAAUGUAAACUCCGACCUGUAGAAAGUUUACAUAUCAAUAUAAUAUCAGCAGCCUUUCCUGGAGACAUCAACAUGUUUUUAUUUGAGUUAUUAACUUUGGGAAUGGUUUCAACUAAUGUCGAUAUAGUUUGCCUGCCUACAACUACUUAUACUUAUAUUGAAGUAGCCUCAACUACAGAACAACAUUUACUUAAUUCUCUUCCUAUGGUAGGAUAUUUAUUGUUCAAUCAUUUAACUUGGGACAUUAAGAAUUUGAGGGUUUCUCAAGAAAUUUAUAGUCCAAUUCAAGUUACUUGUAAUUAUCUGAAUUUAUUAGAUAAAAAUGAAAUAGAUACAAAAGAAAUCCUUUUCAAGACAGAUAAAGCAACUAAAGAACCGUUACCAGCAGAACGCUGUCAAAAUCUCAUCGGGAAAUAUUUCUUUAACAAAGAUGCUAAAGAUAUUUCUUCAUUUAGGUUUGUUGAAAUAUUUGUUAAUAUCCUUGCAGAUCAAUUAGUUAGAUUAUCAUCAAACCAACUCUUGAGUGUAGAUAAUCUAAAAUUAGUGGUAAAAGAAGCUAAUAUUAGGAAUUUAAUAGUAAGAACCUUUAUAGAUGUUUCUAAAGAUUUUGCAACUAGAUCUAUUAAAACCAAAGAAGCACAAUUAGAAUCUAUAACUGCUGAUGAUGAUGAUGAAAAUGCUCGUCUUGGUACAAUUGUUCAAUGGGAUGAUUCAAAUCAUCAUAUAAUAUUUUUCAAUUCUCUAAUCCCUGAUAAAAUAUCAUGUUUAUAUCGAGACAGAAAUAAAGUUCAUGAAAAUGUUAGGAUUUUAUUAAAAAGUCAAGUAACUGGAGAUCUAACAAAAUGGGAGUUAGAUAAUUAUGAUUCAAUGUCUGCAGAUACUCUUUUUUUAAAGUUAGAAUGUUUGGCACGAAAAACGACACAAAAAUUAGAUCUUCCUGAAUAUGCUUUAUCUGUUGAGAACUUAAUAAAGAUGGCCCUAAUUCUUUUAAGAGCACGUGCGAAUAUUCCGGUGAUAGUUUGUGGUGAAACAGGAUGUGGCAAGACAAGUUUGAUCGUCUAUUUGGCCUUGAUGGUUGAAGUUAAAUUCCAGGCACUUAACCUUCACGCCGGAAUCGAUGAAGAGACGAUUAUGAUGUUUAUGAAGGAUGCUUUAGAAAAAGCAGAAAGAGGCGAAAUUUGGUUAUUAUUUGAUGAGAUCAAUACUAGCAACUAUAUAGGUUUACUCGCUGAUUUAAUAUCCCAUCGAAUGCUUAAUGGGAAACCAAUACACCCAAAUAUUCGUUUAUUCGCUGCUUACAAUCCAUAUCGUCUUCGUACGAAAGCUCAAAGCCAAGCCGGUUUGACAAAUAGAGUUAAAAAAUUCGAAGAACAAAGUAAACUUGUUUAUCGAGUCAAACCACUACCUGAUCAAAUUUUAGAUUAUGUUUGGGACUAUGGUAUUCUGAAAUCAGAAGAUGAAUACAGAUAUAUUCUAAUUAUGGUUGAAAAAGAAUUAAAAACUUUAUCCCAUCCUGUAUUUGCAGAACUUCUAUUUGCUUCUCAAGAAUUCAUUCGUAAGGUUGAGGAACGAUAUAGUGUGAGCUUACGUGAUGUUAAACGAGCUAUAAUAUUAGUGAAAUUCUUUCAUAAUUCUCUUCAAAAUCGUCCGGUUUGGAGGAAAGGACAUACAUAUCCACCACCUGGUAAUCCAACAAUAAAGACCAGGUCCUAUGUUCUGGCACUUAGUCUUUGUUAUCAUUCUCGGUUAUAUGAACAAGAUUUACGUAAACAAUAUUGUCAAGAAAUGGAACAAAUAUUACAUAAACAUGAUGUUUAUAUAGGAGAAAAUAUGUUUGCUAAAAUUAUUCGUGAAGAACAGGAAGAUUAUAUCAAUAGGAUGCAAUGUCCACCUAAUACGGCAUAUAACGUAGCUUUAUUAGAAAAUGUUUUAGUCAUGAUCGUGUGCAUUUUGACAAAAAUCCCUCUGUUCCUUAUAGGAGCGUCAGGAUCUUCGAAAUCCUUAGCAAUCCAUCUUAUAAGCUUAAAUUUACGUGGGUCUGAUUCAAAUGAUGGAUACUUUAGAAAAUUGCCACAAGUUUACUUAAUUCCACAUCAAGGCUCUUCAUCUUCGACUUCCGAAGGUAUAAUAAAAGUUUUUGAUAAGGCAAAUAAAUUUCAGGAGAUAACUUCCAAGCAAUUUCCUGUUGCUGGUGUCGUUUUGCUUAAUGAAGUUGGUUUGGAUGAAACAAGUCCUUUCAAUCCGUUGAGUGUACUUCACUAUUUGCUUGAGCCAAGUUAUCCAGCCACAGGGCCAACUGUUUCAGUGAUAGGAAUAUCUAAUUGGCGCUUAGAUAACAGUAAAAGUAGUCGUGCAUUACUUGUUCAAAGACCACAAUUUAAUUUGAAUGAUUUAGUUGAUACUGCUGAACGUUUAUUAAAUGAAAGAGCUAUUGCAUCUGGUCAUAAAGGCGCCUUAAAACCUUUAGCCAAGGCAUAUUCAAAUUUUGAAAAACAUGGCCAAUCUUCGUCUAACUUCCAUGGUCUUCGUGAUUAUUAUGCACUGGUUAAACGCCUCUCAUUAAACGAAAUGACUUCAGAGAAUAUUCAAAUGGCAUUAGCACGUAAUUUUGGAGGAACAGACAAUCAUGUCAAAUUAUGUGAUCAAUACUUUGGAAAUGUUCUAAAAAUGUUUAAUAGUCAUAAGCCAUGGACAUAUAAACAAAUUCAAAUCGAACAAUUAAUUGAUUCAAAUUUAAAAGAUACUGAUUCACGUCAUUUAAUGGUUAUCGGUAAAAGUGAUUCAAUUGUAAAUUUGCUGACUUAUCAGCUAAGAAGGAGAGAUUUGGAUCCUGUUGUAAUUCUAGGAUCACAAUUUCCUGAUGAUCAAGAGGAUUAUUAUUAUAGUGUUUUGAGGAGAAUCAUGAUGUGCGUUGAAGCAGGCAGACCAUUGAUUUUAACAGAUUUAGAAAUAAUUUAUGGGAGUCUUUACGAUUUAUGGAAUCAAAAUUAUAUUGUGGUGGGAAAUAAAGAUAAUGUCAAAUACUUUACGAGAGUUGCACUUGGAGCAUAUUCCAAUCCUAUGCUGUACGUUUCUCCGAAUUUUAAAUGUAUUCUUAUUAUGGAUGAGGCUAAGUUGGCUUUGGCUGAUCCCCCACUUCUUAAUCGAUUUGAGAAACAAAAAAUGUCGAUUAAUGACAUACUUGACAAUAAUCAAAAGUUACUUUUUGAAAAUUUAAAUGAUUGGGCAAGAAAAUUCUCAACUCCGAUCAAUAAUAAUCAAGCAACUCAAUCACGUAAUAAAUUUACCCAAAAGGACCUAUUCAUUGGAUUUGAUGGUAAUGAAACCUUACAAAGUUUAAUUAUUGACAUUACGAAGAAUAAUCCCGAAGCAGCAGAAGAAGAAAUAUUAGAAAAAUGCAAAGAAUGUUUAAUUGCAACGGCGACUUCUGAUGGUGUUGUGAGAGCCGAGUUAUCAGCCUUAGAGCGAGAUGAAUUUGAAAAAUGGAAACAUGUUUAUUUUAAUCAACAGCAUCAUGAUAGUCUUUAUGAUUACUUUGAUAAUCAAGAAACGCCAUCGGAUUCUAAUGGACAUUUAUUAAUUAUAAACACUUUCUCCAAUAUCAAUACGGAUGUUAAGUUUUGUUUACGAAAGCUUGUUAGUUGUCAAGUGGAUAAAUUGUCGAUUUUCAAGACUGAAGCUCAACUUUCGAAUCGGGUAAAACACUAUUGGUCUGAAGAAUCAAAUGAUCAAAUGCUAAUUCUCCAAUGCGAUGUAACUACUGUUAGUACUGGAUGUAUUAAACUAGCCAAAUUCAUUAUUGAACAAUUUCGAAAUGAAUAUAUAUCAAAAAGGGAUCAAAUGGAGCGGAAAAUGCCUACGAAGCAUGCAUGUAUCAUUCUUCAUACUCAUCGAGAUCAGGAAUCCACUUUUACAUCUUUUAAUUUCAUGUGCGGUUGGAAACAAAUGACUAUUGAAACAUUAUCAGGAAGUGACGUUCCUACCUCAGGUCUCUUGGAUGGGUCUUUAUCUCGUAUUGUUGAUUCUAUUUAUCCAUUUGAAAAAAUUUUACAACAAGAACUGUUAUGGUGUCUAUCAUGUAUGAGAUUUCCGUCGAAUGACAAGUCAAUCAAUUAUAUAAAGACAUUAAACGAAAAAAUCCUAGAGUAUUCAAACUUUAUUAAUUGUUUAAAAGUAAGAGUUCUUGAAUGGAUUGAAGAAAAAUCAAUAGAUAAUUGGCAAUAUAAAGUCGCAUCAGCAAAACAAAAUUUAUACCCAUACCCUUCAUUUUCUGUAGCGCUACAAGCUCAUAUUAGAAUACUGUUUAGGAAACCGAUAGCCCAAAUUUUAUGUGCUUUGGAAAAAUUAUCAGCAACAAAAACAUUUUUUUAUAUUAAUGAACGAGCAAGAUCAGAAGGAAAAUAUGAGAAAUUACUUAAGUUUUGGGAACAGGUUUAUAUGGAUAAAAAAAUCAUCAAAAUUAAAAAUAUGCGAAAUCCAAUACCUGACGGGUGUGAUAUGCCGGCAGGAAGUUUACUUGAUCUUAAAUUCCCCUUUUCAUUAUAUUUUAUGAACCAAAUUAAUAGUUUUAAAAAAAUUUAUGAAGAAGAAAUAGCUAAAUUACAAGAAGAUAAUGAGAGAAUUGAUGAAGAAACUAAUGAACUAUACGAUUACGUGAUUGAGGAUCAUUUGAAAGAAUUCAAAAAUAAUAUUCUUACGUCAAUUCCGCUGUUAAAAGAAAAAGAUUCUCCACUUGAAUGGGAAUGGGCUUCUGAACUAUAUUUCAAUGACUUUGUUACUAUUAUUGCGUCAAAAGAUGGUGAAACAAAGAAUAAAAAAAUGUUAGUAUUAAUCUUGAAGUUACUCAUCGGUGAUAAAGUACGUAAACCAAUUUUCCUUCAUGCAUAUUGGUGGAAAAAUGGCAACGAAGUUUUAGCUCAAUUACAAUUGGCUCAAAUGUCUCCAAUAAUAAUUAAAAAUAUCGAAAUUCAAGGAAAUAUUACUGUUGGAGAAAGUCUAGAAACAUAUCUCGCAAAAGAAUUGAUAAAAUUGAUGUUGCAGCGAAUUUGUGGAAAUUUCAAAGGCGCAGAAAAUUCUCAUUUGAUUGAUAAAUGGCAAUAUGAUGUCAUAAAAAUAUUAUCCCUUGUUAGCAAGAUAACGCGAGCAAAGAAUUUACCAGAUCUUAAAUUGUUACGUAUUGUAAACGAUUUAGUUGCAACAAAGUCCAUUCCUUUAGAUAGUAUUAGAGAAAUUGUUCAACUUAGAUUAAGUUCGGAUGAACAAGUAGUUUUCUCGGAGAAAUUUGUCAGCACUGUACUUAAUAAGCUAGAUAAAUUGGAACAAAAUGAAAAGAAUAUAAUUCCAAAAAGAUCAUUCAUCAUGAGAUUCCUUGCAUUGAUUCCAAUAGAAUCAGAAGUUCGACUAAGUUUCUAUGAGAAAUUGUUCUCGAAAGAACCUUUUCCAUUAAUGGGUGCAAUCAUCGAAAGAAUCUUUCUGAAGGAAGACGGAGAAAAUGAAGAUAUAUUUUUUAUAGUAAUUACAGAUUUCGAAGAAGCUAUAAUGCAGUCUCCUCGAUUAAAUAUUAUCAAUAAAUGUUUAGGAGAUUUAGAUACAAAUAUGGCUACUUUGUGUUGUGAUACCAUUGAACAAACCUUCUUUAUGAAUGAAGAAUUAGAAAAUUUAGGGGCUUAUAUUGGACCGGCUCUUGAAGCUUUAUAUAAAAAAAGAAUACCAUCAUUACAAAAAAUAACUUCUAUUGCUUUGCUUAAAGAAUUCGUUCGUCGAUUCUGGGACAGUUUCAUUAAGAAAGAUUAUAAUGAUCCUGACCAAAUGGAGGAAGACGAUUUUGAUAACGAUUUUGAUAAUAAUGACUUACUUGAUCAAAUUAACAAUAUUAUGACAUUCGUUCAUCCUUUGAUUCAUUCUCUCAAAAUUUACUUUUUAAGAGAUUUGUGCCGAAGAGAUUUUUCAAUGGAUGAUAUUAGAAAAUUUUGUGAUGCUCAGAAACAUCUUUUACCGUGGCUUGGAUCUUUCAAUUGGGAAGAUAUUAAAGAAAAUCGAUUGUCAUUUAAUCCCUAUUGUUAUUUACCUGAAUAUAAUGAAGCUGAAAAUAGUAUUAUGUAUUUCUAUAGUGUAGGAAAUAAGGCACCUUUUCAAAAAUUUAUCCAAAACAUGAACCAAAAUAUGACUUUAACGGCAAAAUUAUCUUUAAUGGGGCUUUUCUUUGUACGUCUUCAUGCUUUGAGAGCUUCAAGAGAAUGGCAACAUCCAGAAGAGCGAUUAGAAAAAUUAUUGACACGAGAACUCGUUGGAAUAAAUCUUCCAGAUUUACUUAAACUAAUUGCAACAAAUAUCUUGUCGAAUAAACAACCUCUCCUUAAAAUUAAUAGUCCGGAAAUUAAUAAUACUGAAUUGCUUAUAAAAUCCGUUAUUGCUCAUAUUAUCAUAUUUCACGCAUCGGUUGAACCGAAUUCAUCUCAAUUAGCAAUGUAUUUACACAAAUUACUAGAUUGUCAGAACUCGUUUAUUUUAUCAUGCAUGUCUGACGUAGAAUCAAUGGUGUUAAACGCCGUUGCUGCUACUGAAAAAACAAAUACAAACAAACUUACAAGAUAUGUUUGUAAGUGUGGAUAUAAAUAUUUCAUCGCAAAUUGUGGUGGAGCUGUUGUUACUACUAGUAAAUGUCCGGAGUGUGGAAAUACAAUCGGCGGAGCGGGUCAUAAAUCAGCAGAAGGAAAUACUAUACUCGAUAAUAAACCAGUUGCUCAAUUAUCGGUAAACGAUCAAACAGGAUACAUUGGAGAACUAGCUAAUCAAAAUUUGUAUCAUUCCGUCAGAUAUAUGACACCUAUGUCGUAUCGUAUUUUACAUUUAAUUGUUCAUGCUCUUAUGGGAGCUUCUGGACCUCAAACUGCCCUUGCCUUCCUUCAAAAAAAUAAUCAAAUUGCCACAGAUUCUGAAAAGUAUUGUAUGGACCAUAUUAGAAACGAUUGGGAAAUGCUGAAAAAACUUCUUAAUUGCUCAGAUGCGAAUUUGGCGUUAAUGUUCCAUUCAUUAAUUUCUUCAAUGAUGGAAAAACCAUUAUCGAAUCAACAAGUGACAACAUCUGUUGAGCGUGAAAAGUGGGAAACAGAAUUCAAUAAUUAUAUCACACCGCAAAUUAAAAAUAUAAAUGAAACAGUAACUAAUUAUCGUAUGAAAUUAAGCGAAGUUCUAAACAAAAAUCAAAAAAGUAAUUUAAUUGAAAGUGAAAUCAAUCAAACUUUAGUUAUGGAUCAACGAUAUCGAAGUGAAAAUUUACCAAACUUGUGGAGAACGAUUGGAAUGAUUGGUUUUGACAGUUUCCGCGCUUAUUAUAUGAGCGAUACGACAAGAAUCAACGAUUAUCCAUUCCUUUCAGUAUUUUUAAAAUAUUCUCAAGAAUUAGAACUUCUCAAACAUCUUUUACCUAUAGUAAAGUUCGUUCAAAUUUUGCAUUCCAAACUUGGAUAUCGGUUAACAAGACAAACUGCAGGAGAAAUGACUUUCAGACAAUUUAUUCAUAAAGAAUCCAAUGAUGGUGAGAAUUAUGAAAUUUUCAAUAGCUUGAGAACAGCUUUUGAUGACUUUAAACUUGGUUGGAAUACAGUAAUAUCUCUCGUAAAUCGAUAUCAAUUUAAUGAACUUCCCGAUGAUGAGCCAGCCAUGAGAGAUAAUUCACCAGUUGUUCUUGGUUUAAUGGGACAGAAAGAUUCAGGAAUUUACUUAUGCGCAAUUUUAUAUCAUUUAGUUAAUAUACAAAAUAAAUUUCUACAAGAAGUCAUUGAAAUUUCACCUGGAACUUGUAAAUCUCUCAAAUUUUUAGAUGGACCGACAAUUGAUUUUGGAUCAUCAACAUCAAAAGCAAAAUCAGAAACACCUAAUAGAUAUUGUCUUCAAUCGAUGUGUCUUGAUCAAGUUCGUUCCGUUAAUAUCAUAAAUUUUGAAUGGGAUGAUGAAAUUCUUGCAUAUAGUCAAAGAAAUUUAGCAAUUGCUAGAGGAGAAGAUAUUGUUUAUGAUUUGACAAAAAUUGAAGCGGAAUUAGCAAAUAUUUUAGUAUUUGAAAAAGUUUACCUAGAAACUCAACCAGAGUCUCAGUUAUAUUUAGAACCUUUCCCAUAUCAUAUGGAACUUUUCCAAGGAUAUAUGAGAAUUCUUAGUGAUAUUAAGAAUUUAAUAACUCAAGAACCCAUCUCAAUUGAAAAAAUGAAUUUAUUAGAUCAUACUUUAGAUAACGCGUCAGAAAAUUUAUCAUCAUUAGAGUUUCUCCUAUGUUUUGUUAAACGUACAGCGGUUAGAGAUAAAGACAUAUCCAUUAAGGAUUAUAUUUCAAAAUGGGUGAAAUUAUCUUCAUUGUCUACACAUGAAGGAUUCGCUAGAUUCUUAAAUAUCGAUUUACGACUUAAACACUUGGUAGCUUUAUACGAAUUCGUUGAAGAGCAAGUCGCCGAUGUUAAAAUUAAAUAUAUUCAUGAAAAAUAUAAAGAAGAACUUUCAACAGAUAUGAAGGCGGCAAUAAUGAAUUCUGUAGAUUUUAAAAAGCAAACUACAAUGAAAAUAGCUAUACCAGCAGAAGCAUUCUCGUUAGCCCUAAAAAGGUUCAUGUUCCGAUUUUUAACUUUAGAGAAUCAAAAAGAAAUGGAGCCACUAUAUGUUUAUUUACAAGAUAGUUCAUUAAAUUUAUGGCCCUCAACAAUUCCAGAGAAUAUUAUUGAUGAAUUAUUUCCAGAAAAUCUGUUAGUGGCUAAUACAUAUGAUGCUUACGAUUUUACAAUGAGAAAGCUUGAGUCAAAUGCACCCGGAAGGAUAUUAAAUCAGCCCAAAACUGCUAUACAUAUACCAAGAACGCUAAAAACAAGAAAAGGGCGUUUCGAUAGUUUCGAUAGAAUGUAA